CUGCUUUCGUUUCUCCUGAUUUCUGUCACAGUGUGUAGGUGGAGCCUGCAAAUAAAAAAGCACCGGGAGAAGCUGAAAAAAAAGUUACUCCUUCUUCUUGCUACAGGACACUACACAGAAGCUGUACGAAAGUGUGGUUGGACCAGACAGUAAUCACUAUUCAGUGAAGGACUUACAGACAACCUAAGUGGCACGCCAAAAAAUCAACGGGCCAUGAAUAAUAAGAGUGGAGCGUCCAAACAUUCUGGAAGAACCAAACUUGCUAGUCCUGCACCACCUUUGUUCCAACCAUCUUCAGAAGCUUUUUCAAUACCUCUCCCACCAGAGUUAGAAGAUGAAGGUCUUCUGAUGUCAGAGAACACGACUGAGGGAAAGCCUAACUAUGAGCUGAAGAAACAAUAUUAUGGAGAACAGGACAAGCAGGCAGCAGAACAUACCUUGUACAACCAAUAUGAGGAAAAGAUCCGACCCUGCAUUGAUCUCAUCGACAGUCUGAGAGCUCUUGGAAUAGAAAAAGACCUGGCUUUGCCUGCGAUUGCAGUGAUUGGAGACCAGAGCUCUGGGAAAAGCUCCGUCCUAGAAGCCCUGUCUGGUAUUGCUCUUCCUAGGGGCAAUGGUAUUGUUACUCGAUGCCCCUUGGAACUUAAACUGAAAAGAAUACCUGCUACUCAGGCAUGGAAAGGGAAAAUGUGUUACCGCAACAUCAAAAUAGACCUCCAGGAUGCCUCUGAGGUGGAGAAAGCAAUAAGAGAAGCCCAGAAUGUGGUGGCUGGUAACAGAGGUGCCAUUAGCGGAGAACUAAUUUCCCUGGAAAUUUGGUCCCCAGAUGUCCCAGAUCUGACACUAAUUGAUCUUCCUGGAAUUGCCAGAGUGGCCGUGGGGGAUCAGCCAAAAGACAUUGGGGAACAGAUCAAAAUGCUACUUAAAAGAAUUAUCGCCUACAAAGAGACACUCAAUUUGGUAGUGGUGCCAUGUAAUGUGGAUAUUGCAACAACAGAAGCACUGAAAAUGGCUCAAGAGGUGGACCCCAGUGGAGAAAGGACACUAGGGAUCCUCACGAAACCUGACCUGGUGGACAGAGGAACUGAGGAGUCUAUUCUUAACAUACUACACAACCAAGUCAUCCCCCUCAAAAAAGGUUACAUGAUUGUGAAGUGUCGUGGGCAGCAGGACAUCCACAACAAACUGGCCUUGGCUGCUGCAAUCCAGCAAGAGAGAAAAUUCUUCGAGAAUCACAAACAUUUCAGCAUUCUUCUGGAAGAAAGAAGGGCUACUAUCCCUCACCUGGCAGAGAAGCUCACAAAUGAACUUGUGAGACAUAUUAUUAAAACUUUGCCAACACUAGAGAACCAAAUACGUGAGGUGCUCCAAAAAACGUUACAGGAUCUACAAAGGUAUAGAAGAGGCACACCCAAAGCAGAGUCUGAGAAGCUGAUUUUCCUCACAGACAUGAUCAAACUCUACAAUCAAGACAUCUCUCAGGUAAUACGUGGAGAGGAACAGUUGUUUGGAAAUGAAAUCAGACUAUUUACAAAAAUCCGCAGAGAGUUUCGAACAUGGGAAUUGAUUCUCCUAGAGUGUGCUGCAAAAGUUAAAAAAAAUGUACCCAGUAAAGUGUGGAAAUACGAAGACCAGUAUCGUGGACGGGAGUUUCCAGGCUUUACCAAUUACAGGACAUUUGAGGACAUUAUAAAAGAGCAAAUUAUAGAACUGGAGGAGCCAGCCGUCGGCAUACUGAACAACGUGAUCGGCCUGGUUGAAGAGAAAUUUGUGGAGCUCUCUAAAAGGCAUUUUGCUAAUUUUCACAAUCUAAACAGAGCUGCUAAGGUCAGAAUUGAAAACAUCAGAGAGAAACAAGCAGCAGAGGCUGAAAGACACAUCCGGACCCAGUUUAAAAUGGAGAGAAUCGUAUACUGCCAGGAUGACGCUUACAUUAAGGAUUUACAGUCUGUUAAGAGAGAAAAUGCUACCAAAGGUGUCAAUGAGAAAGAGUUGCAGGUUGGAUCUGUUUCGAAUCAAGAGCCCUCCUUUGUCCAGGAAAUGGUUUGUCACACGAAGGCCUAUUUUGAUGGAGCAAGUAGACGCCUCUGCAAUCAGAUACCUCUGAUCAUCCUCUCUUCUGCCCUUCAUGACUUCGGGGAUACCUUACAGACCACUAUGUUGCAUCUUUUGCAAGAAAAAGACAAGUUAAGCCAUCUCCUUCAGGAGGACAGUGAAGCUGCUAAACACAGGAACUACCUCAGUCAACGAGUUAAUCGUCUCACCAAAGCCUGCCAAUACCUGAGAGACUUCACCACAUUGUAGAUUUCUUCAUUUUUCAGAAGUAUAUUUCUACUUUUGUUUUCUAGCAUUACUGGAGAACUUUGUAAAAUCUACUAAAAAUGUAACGUCAGCACAGGCCUUUAACACUCAUUUCUACCGGUCAGUUUUGCUUUAUUUUCCAUAAUCGGUUGUACAGAAACACCUGUAAAGUGCUCCACUGGGGGAGUUGUGACAAAAUGUUACCCUAUUUUUUAAACAUUUUCUUUAUGAGCUCUGUACA